AUGAGCACCUCCACUCGUCGCAUUAGCGUCACCUCGGAGCAGCUGCAGAGUGACGCUCUUCGGGCUCAGCUGUUCAGCGCGUGCUGCGCGUACGGCGUUGUGGAGUGGGCGCAGUACGAGGAGGACCCGAACUACAACACCACCACUGUGCACAUUCAGUUCCAGAAACUGUCCAGCGCCGAACGUCUCCGCAGCGAUGUGCAGCAGCGAGGGCGCAUUUGGCAGAUCGAGAGCAAGCAGGCGGCUCUGUGCGUGGGUGCGGAUGUGCUGCUGAGCUCUGCGGAUUUGCUGCGCCUUGGCCGUCUCACAGCUGCGCUGCCCAACUUUGCAUGCACGGCACUUCCAAGCGUCCCUGUGAGUAGCACGAGCACCACGGUAACGACGGCGUCUGAGUCGCCGUCACCUACAUUCGAGGAGAAGAGCUUUCUUUUACACGGCCGUAGCACCGCACCGCGCACCACUCCUGCUUCUUCUAAGGCUACAGCCGAGCAGGAGGCUGCUUUAUGGUCUGGGUUCGACAAAGAGUCAUCUGCGGUGCGUCACAGCUGCCUCGGUCCGUAUUGCGCAGUGUUGCAUUUUCGCUCCCCGCACGAUGCGAAUGAGUUUCUCUGCCACCACCAGCUCACUUUGGCAGAACAGCACAGUGUGUACGCCAUUCACGUCGGCACCGCGCCUGGCUGCGCCUUGGCGGUGUCGCUGCCAAAAAUGUUGUCACGGCACGCGCUUGCCGACUGUGCCGUUGAGGGGCGCGUGGUGCGCGGCUACGUGGUGGCCAUGCCGUCCAACACAUACUGCGUGGUGGAUGCUGGCCUCUAUCCUGCCGCUGAUCAGGCAAAUGUCACCACGCUGGUUUACUCGCACACCAACUUCUUAAGCGUGUCACUAGGCGACGAGGUACAGGUACAACUGUCCGCUGUUGGAGGGCUGUCAGUGGCUGGGGAAGGGAUGAUCGGGGGCAAGCUUCUGCGCGUCACCAGUGCCUCUGCGUUUUCCACUCGCCGCUCCGUUGCCAAGGCGCAGCUACCCACCACCACCGCUCGCACCCUUCGUACCUCCAAUGUAGCGCGUAGCCUAGCUGGUGCCCUUUCAACGACGCCGCACCAGCCGCAAGCGAGGCCUUGCAGUGGAGGCAACGCAAUAAACGUAGCGGGGGCAGAGAGACGUGGCACCCUCCACAACAAGCGGAACGCAGCAGCAGCCGGCGGUGGUAAUGGUAGCGCAGUGACAUCCAAGCCUGUAGGCGGAGCUUCUGCCAAGGCGCUCGCCAGCAAGAUCUUCAAGGGCAUUCAACAAAGGGGAUGUAGUGGCGGAGCCGCCGUCAGCGGCUCCGCGGAGCGCAUCUGCGCCUAUCCAGCCGGCCUAGGCGCGUAUGCGCGAUUGUUGGUUCGGGUCGAGCGGAUCGAAGGGGAUGGCCUGCACGCUCGCUGCGUCGAGGACGCUGAGAAUUGCGGUUACACCGGGCCUGUUUUCAUACCCGCCGAGCUUGUGCCUGCCGACACCAGCAGCACCGGUCAGGGAUGGCGGACGUUUGCUGUUGUAGGGGAGCGCAUGCAUGUGGCGCUGCUUUACAUGGUGGCUGUGGGUGGCAGCGCCGCAACCAUGCGCGCCAUUGCCUCCAAAAAGGAGGCUGACCUUCGUCACACGGCCACCAUUGCUGCCGUGACUGCGAUGGGGGCUACACCGGAGGAUUUGGAGGGCACCUCAGUCACGGCAGGGACAACAAUGACGGCUGUGGCCAUGCUGAAACUUUCCCCUGGUGAUCUCGGUGUUCCGGCUGCCAGCCCCACAUCCCCAUACUUCCCUGCCUUUCUUCUCCGCCCAGGGCUGCAUGCGUCAGCAUUGCUGCGCCAAACGGUGCUCCUGUUGCCCUUGUCCGACCUGGGCACGCUGGACCCCACAACCCUGCUCACCUCGCCGGCGUCUCUCAUCGUAUCUGAGGUGGUGAACGAUGUGAUGCGUGGGCAAUACGCGGUGGUGUUACCAUGUGCAGUCUAUGCCGAGCGCCAGACUCAGCGCGCAGUCGCCCAGGAACAACGCAAGGCGGCUGAGGUGGAAGAAGUAAAACACCGAUUAGCGGCGGUCAUGGGGCAAGACAUCCUGAGGGUGCUGAAUGCCGAGGAUGAGCCGACUGCGAAGCGUCCCCGCGCUGGGACCUAG